UCCGCGCCCCCGGCCCCCGCCGCGCAUCGCCGCGCCCAGCUCCCGUCUCCUCUCCCCGGGGUCUCCCCAGCCCAUUCCUGCAGCCGUCGCCGCCUCUGGAGGAGCAGGUCCACUGCGGGUCACCAUGCCCAGCAAGACCAAGUACAACCUUGUGGACGAUGGACACGACCUGCGGAUCCCCUUGCACAACGAGGACGCCUUCCAGCAUGGCAUCUGCUUUGAGGCCAAGUACGUAGGAAGCUUGGAUGUGCCGAGGCCUAACAGCAGGGUGGAGAUCGUGGCUGCCAUGCGCCGGAUACGGUAUGAAUUUAAAGCCAAGAACAUCAAGAAGAAGAAAGUGAGCAUUAUGGUUUCUGUGGAUGGCGUGAAAGUGAUUCUGAAGAAGAAGAAGAAGCUUCUUUUAUUGCAGAAAAAGGAGUGGACAUGGGAUGAGAGCAAGAUGCUGGUGAUGCAGGACCCCAUCUACAGGAUCUUCUACGUCUCUCAUGAUUCCCAAGACUUGAAGAUCUUCAGCUAUAUUGCUCGGGAUGGUGCCAGCAAUAUCUUCAGGUGUAACGUCUUUAAAUCCAAGAAGAAGAGCCAAGCUAUGCGAAUCGUCCGGACAGUGGGGCAGGCCUUCGAGGUCUGCCACAAGCUGAGCCUGCAGCACACACAGCAGAACGCAGAUGGCCAGGAAGAUGGGGAAAGUGAGAGGAACAGCAACAGCUCAGGGGACCCAGGCCGCCAGCUCACUGGAGCAGAGAGGGCCUCCACUGCCACUGCGGAGGAGACUGACAUCGAUGCGGUGGAGGUCCCGCUCCCAGGGAAUGAUGUCCUGGAAUUCAACCGAGGUGUGACCGACCUGGACGCUGUAGGGAAGGAAGGAGACUCCCAGAUGGGCUCCAAGGUUCCGCCGCACCCCCAGGAGCCCAUGCUCACAGCCUCGCCCCGCAUGCUGCUGCCCUCUUCAUCCUCAAAGCCACCAGGCUUGGACACGGGGAUGCCGCUGUCCACUCACCACCAGAUGCAGCUCCUCCAGCAGCUCCUCCAGCAGCAGCAGCAGCAGACACAAGUGGCUGUGGCCCAGGUUCACUUGCUGAAGGACCAGUUGGCCGCUGAGGCUGCAGCACGGCUGGAGGCCCAGGCUCGCGUGCACCAGCUUCUGCUGCAGAACAAGGACAUGCUCCAGCACAUCUCGCUGCUGGUCAAGCAGGUGCAGGAGCUGGAGCUGAAGCUGUCGGGACAGAAUGCCAUGGGCUCCCAGGACAGCUUGCUGGAGAUCACCUUCCGCUCAGGAGCCCUGCCCGUGCUCUGUGACCCCACGACCCCUAAGCCAGAGGACCUGCACUCGCCGCCACCGGGCGCGGGCUUGGCUGACUUUGCCCACCCAGCGGGCAGCCCCUUAGUUGACCACAGCAUGUUUGAGAACUUGAACGCAGCCCUCACUCCGAAGCUCCAGGCCAGCCGCUCCUUCCCCCACUUGUCCAGGCCUGCGGCCCCCGGCCCUGCCACCCUGGGCUCUGUGGAGCCUGGUGGGCCGGGACUCUGGGUGGGCAGCAGCCAGCACCUCAAGAAUUUGGGCAAAGCCAUGGGGGCCAAAGUUAACGACUUUCUGCGGAGAAAGGAGCCCUCCAGCUUGGGCAGUGUGGGUGUGACAGAGAUCAACAGGACCGCAGGGGCCCAGCUGGCCAGUAGGGCGGACGUGGCCUCAGGGGCCUGGCUGGAAGAUGAGAGGUCAGUCCUGCAAGAAGCGUUCCCUCGGCUAGAUCCUCCACCUCCCAUAACCAGAAAGCGAACCCCUCGGGCCCUGAAGACCACCCAGGACAUGCUAAUUUCAUCGCAGCCUGUCCUAAGCAGUCUGGACUAUGGGACAGAGCUGUCACCUGGGCAGCCCCAGGACUCACCUCCCAUUGCCCAGCCUGUCCCAGCAGACGCUGCACAGCCAGAGGCCACCAUGGAGAUGGGAGAGAAGGGCGAGGCUCUGCCCAAUGGAGAGGUGUCCCUGUCAGUACCUGACCUGAUCCACAAGGACAGCCAGGAUGAAGCCAAGCUGAAGAUGACUGAGCACAGAAGGGCCUCCUCCCCUGGCCUCAUCGAGAGGAAUGGCCUCAAACUCAGCUUGAGCCCCAUCAACCUGACCGAGUCCUGGGAGGACGGCCGCCCCCCUCCUCAGGCACGGACCUCCAGCCCUGACAAUGAGGGCCCUCACCCAGACCUGCUGUCCUUUGAGUAGCCCCCUCCUCUUCCCUGCCGAGCACCGCCCACUCUUCCCUCCGCUCUCUCCUCCCCUGUGCACGCCGGCCCUCGUCCCAGGUCCACCAUGCCUUUUGCCUUCCUUGGGCACCAGCAGAGAGCCAGACAUCCCACGUGGGAUUUUGCAGGGCUAGAAGUCCACGAGUAGUCUGCUCAGAAAGUCUAUCUGCAGAAUGGCAAAGGACCCAGUGCCAACCCUGAGCCUGAUUUUCUGUUGGCUUUUCUCAGUGUUGGCUGCGGCCCUAGGACAUUGGAGUACUUCCACUCCCAGGCUUGUCCUCACGUCCCCCUGGGAUGCAAGGCCACCAGCCCAGGAUGACGAGGCUUGAGGGAAUCCUCUGUGCUUGUCUCCCGUAUGCUGGCUACUCCCCUACUCCUCCCCCCACCACCCUCCAUGCCCGGGUUCCUUCCCGUCUUCCCUGAUGGGCCCAGAGGCCCUGCCUCGGGGGGGAACAAGGCUGGCCGAGGAUUAAUGGGUUUGGCUUGAUGAUGGGCCCUGGCCGGAAAGCCGCACACCCUGACCACAGCCCGUCCAUGGCUCCUCCUGGUCUCAAGACAGCUUUGGCCCCUGUCUGCCAUCUUUUCUCUGCCCUGGAGUGGGGGCCCAACAAGAUCCUUCCCAGGCCCAGACCUUGAGAGUUCACCCAAGGUUUUGACCCUGUCGCUCAGGGUUCCCGAGGUUUCCCCCCAUCUGGUCAGAUGUAGGAUACAAAAUGAAAUCCCUCUGCCUGUCUGGGAGUGGCACCUGGGGAAAUGACGUGACCGGCUGCGCUUGGGCUCCCUGCAUGGAAGGAAAGAUUGGGCUUCCCUUGCUGUGUGUGUGAAAACAGGGCCAGGCAGGCUCUGCAGAGGCAGCAGGGCAUGUUCUGAUCUUGUUUUGUGGGGAGGCCCAGGAACUUGGGGGUGGUGUCAACAUUCAAAAAUGGUCCAUCCAGAGCAGAGCAGUGGAGAAGAGUGUGAAGACAGGACAGAGAAGAGCAGUCAUUGGGGAUUGGAGCAGCAUUUUAGGGGCUACCCUGCAGCCAAAGCAAUGCAAUUCUAGGGCCUGGGCACGGAAAGUAUACAAGCCGAGUGACGCAGGUGAGAGACUGGCAUGUGCUAAGAGCUGUGGAAGUUAUGUAGUUUUAAUUAAGUGAAAGUGCUUUGUGCUGGUGCUGAAGUUGCUGGGGCCUCCUGCAGCCCCAGGCCUCCCUGGAGCAGGCUAUGCGGGAGUCCGGUUCCUGUGGCCUCCCCUUUUCUGUGCAUCAUAUGGCUUCCCACCCAUGAACUCUGAGACAUCCAGGGCUCACUUCCUAGUUCAUCUCAUCACCAAGUCCCCGCCUCCCUACCUACCACCUCUGCCAUAUAGAAUGUCCACGCUGACUCCUAAGAACUGGGUGCCUCAGUGGUCCCCUAGGAUAUGGCACCUUCCUGCAUUCUUGCUUCUGCAGCUGUGCAGCCUUGCCCCAGCCCUCGCAUGGCCUGCCCUUUACCCUGUCUUCCACUGCCCCAGAACGUGAGGCUUCACGACACGUGCACCACAAAGCCGAGUCUCCCCUUCCUCCCACCUGCAGGCCCUGGUGGAGUGGGCAGGGCUGUUAUGCAUAUAUCCUGCCUUACUCCCAGGAUGUGAUGUCUGACCCUGAUGUCAGAGAGUUGUUCUUAGGACUAGCAUUUGAGGUCCUGUGAAUGGUUGAGGUAUCACGAAACACACAGAGCUGGGCACGAGGGUAGAGCCUCCAAACACAUCCUGGGAGCAAGCCCAGUUUCAUGUGAGCUUUCCAUACCAGAAGCAAGGUUUGUUGUUCAGACAGGAAACUUAGCUGGCACCUGUGGGGCUGUUCCUCCCCCAGAGACCAGGGUGGCUCUGGCCAGGUGAUAUGGUAGCUAUAGGUACAGAUGUUGCAGGUCCAGGCUUGCUUGGGUACCUUGUCUCCACUCUACAGCCAGGCUGCUGCUAAAGGGUGGGUCCUCAGACCCAGGGUAAGCAAAGGGAUCCCAGCAAGUAGUCCCAGGACCAUUGCCCAGUGAGCCCAGAGUUCUAGUGCCUGAUGCUGCAUAAAGCGCUGUGGGACCCCGCUCCAUUUGCUAGUUGCCUACAACCCCCAUCCUCCUGCUGCAGGGGCUGAUGCUGCUACCUCUGGAGGCUGAGACUGACAUCUGAUCUCAGAUGCUGCAGAUAUUGCCUGGUGCUCGGGGCUAAGUGCUGCCCAAAGCCCAGCAGGAACAGCUGCUGCUACUCCUGCUGAGGGCCUUGGCUCAGACCAACUCCUCCAUCUAAAGCCCGCCUGGUUUUCAUGUCUGUCUCAACAGUCUGACCUUCCUGUGGUUGCAGCAUGGCAGCCACAGCCCCACAAAUCCCUCCUAGUGAGUCCAGCUUCUCUGGGAACUUGGCCUGGACAUAGCCCAGUCCCUGAGAGGGCAGGGUAAUGAGGAGCGAAGAACCUAUCUUCUGUGUCCACAUAAGGAAGUUGGGGCCACAGGGUCUUUGUCUCUCCGUUAAUCCACGGCCCCACCAUAACCCUCCUUUCAGCAUAUAGUUUUAUCUUUAUAGAUUACAAGGUGAGCUUCCAGAACCUGGCAGGAGGAUGGUGUAUCCCCUCGCACAGAAGGAAACGUAUCUGUGGAUGUUAUGUGUGUGGAUAUGGAAGACACACAUGUAUGUAACCCAUCAACCUUUGAAGAACAAGACAGUUCGCCCCAGUUUGGAGGAGGAGGAAGAUUAUAGAUCUAUCCUGAGGAUUAUCUAGAGAGAGAAUAUUUAUAUUUUUAGUAAUUUUCUGGUAGAAGGAAGUUGCACAAUAAAAUGGUUGGGUUUGCUGGUUUGCUUUUUUCC